GUGAUGAGUUGCAUCCUGCUGGGAGACCGCCCAAAGCUGGCUGAUAUCAAGGGUGAUGCUGCCGGGUUGACAGAGUUGACAGAACUGAUGAAGAGAUGCUGGGAUCAUAAACCUGAACGAAGGCCCAGAGCCCUUGAGUGUACGACUGAGACAGAAAAACUGUUCAAGAUUCACGAACAUGAACUCACUGACGCUGUCAUUGAAGUUCUGAAGAAACUGGACCAAAAGGCGGUGGCCCCUCUCAGAUUCCUGUGAACUCACACUGGACGCAAACACAGUGGACAGAGAACUGAC